AUGUUGGAGGACCAGGUCGCCUUCCUGCUGCAGAAGUACCUCGGCAACUACGUCCGGGGGCUCAGCAAGGAGGCGCUGAAGAUCAGCGUCUGGAGAGGUGAUGUAGAGCUCACAAACAUGCAACUGAAGCCAGAAGCGCUCAAUUCAUUGAAAUUACCUGUUAGAGUCAAAGCUGGUUUUCUUGGUUCUGUGAAGCUCAAGGUUCCAUGGAGCAGGUUGGGACAAGAGCCAGUUUUGGUUUAUCUUGAUCGAAUUUUUAUACUAGCUGAACCAGCAACACAAGUUGAAGGUUGCAGCGAGGAUGCUGUCCAGGAAGCAAAAAGAAGUCGAGUUAGGGAAAUGGAGAUCAAAUUGUUGGAGCGCCAACAGCAACUGAAAUCUGAACUAAAUUCAUCAUGGCUUGGGUCUUUCAUUGGCACUGUAAUUGGAAAUAUCAAGUUAUCCAUUGGCAAUAUUCAUAUCAGAUACGAAGACGUAGAGAGCAAUCCUGGCCACCCUUUCGCAGCAGGUCUGGUACUUUCAAAGCUUUCAGCAGUUACAGUGGACGACUUUGGCAAGGAGACUUUUGCCACAGGUGGCGAUUUGGAUCGAGUGAAAAAGUCUGUUGAACUUGAGAGUCUGGCGGUGUAUUUUGACUCUGAUAGCAGUCCUUGGAUUGUGGAUAAACCCUGGGAGGAUUUACUUCCAUCAGAGUGGAGUCAGGUUUUUGAGUUUCAGGAGCAGAAUGGUUCCAGAUCUGCUUCAAAAAAGCAUGCCUACAUUUUACAACCUGUGUCUGGCAAAGCAAAAUAUACAAAGAUACAACUUACUGAGGCAAAGAAAACAGGACAAGCAUUGCAAAAUGCUGCAGUUGAUUUGGAUGAUGUUACUCUGUCGUUGUCAAAGGAUGGCUACAGGGACAUGUUGAAGAUGGCUGAUAAUUUCUCUACUUUUAAUCAACGGCUGAGAUAUGCUCAUCUCCGACCAUCUUUACCAGUAAAAUCGGAUCCACGAGCUUGGUGGAAGUAUGCAUACAAGGCGGUGACUCAGGAAAUGAAGAAAGCAAGUGGGAGUCUAUCUUGGGAGCAAUUAUUGAGAUAUGCAAGACUUCGGAAGGCAUAUGUAUCUUUAUAUGCAUCCCUCUUGAAAUCUGACAUGAGUCGACUGGUUGUUGAUGACCAUGAGGAGAUUAAGAGGAUGGACCGUGAACUUGAUAUGGAGGUUAUUCUACAGUGGAGGAUGCUAGCUCACAAGUUUGUAGAACAGUCGGUGGAAACAUAUCAGUAUGCUCAACAAAAUAAGCAGCAGACUGGCUCUUCAAAGGAUGAGGAAGAUUCAAAGAGUUUUACUGAUGAAGAUUGGGAAAGACUAAAUCGGAUUAUUGGGUACAAAGAAACCAAUGAGUAUAUCCCUGAUCAACAGGAUAUGAAACUGAUGCAAUUUGAUUUUGAAAUACGUAUGAAACAUAAUGCAUCAAAGCUUACCAUUGAUGAUUCGGAGUGCCUUGCUGAUCUCUCGUGUCAAGAUUUCUGCUGCAACUUGAAAAUGUAUCCGGAGGCAAAAAUAUUUGAUUUGAAGCUGGGUUCCUACAGGCUUUUAUCUCCAUAUGGCCUGCUUGCUGAGAGUGCAAGUGUCAUUGAUUCUUUUGUUGGCAUCUUCUCCUACAAACCUUUUGAUGAGCAACUAGACUGGAGUUUGACAGCUAAAGCUUCUCCUUGUUAUAUAACUUAUUUAAAGGAUUCAAUCGAUCAAAUUGUUGGCUUCUUCAAGAGUAGCCCUACCAUUAGCCAGAACUUGGCACUAGAGACCGCUGCUGCUGUACAGAUGACACUAGAUGAAGUGAAACGGACUGCUCAACAGCAAAUGACUCGGGUGCUAAAAGAUCAGUCCAGGUUUUCACUGAACAUGGAUAUUGCUGCUCCAAAAAUUACCAUUCCUACCAAUUUCCGACCAGAUGAUGUACAUGAGACUAAGCUUUUGCUUGACCUUGGAAAUUUAGUUCUUCGGACAGAGGAAAUAUGGGAUGCCACUUCAGAAGAGCAGGAUAUGUAUCUAAACUUCAAUUUGGUGCUUAGUGAUGUCUCUGCAUUUCUGGUGGAUGGUGAUUACCAUUGGAAUGAAACAUCUGAUGAAACAAACUUGCUGCCGGUAAUUGACAAGUGUGGGAUUGCUUUGAAGCUUCAGCAGAUUCUGGAAGACACUGGUGCUUUAAUUUUGUUGUUUGAUAAUGACGAGGCACGCAAGAUAUGGCAGAGCCGUUUACAGGGUGCUGUAUACCGUGCAUCGGGUUCUGCUGCAAUUUCAAGCUUUCCUGGAGUUGCUCUCCCAUCAGAGGCCCACUCAUUCAAAGGCAGCUUUCCCGAUGUUGCUGACACAGAGAAAUUAUUUGUUGCUGGCAUUCUUGAUGAGUUAAAGAUAUGUUUUUCAUGUGGCUAUGAGAGUAACCACAAACUAAAAAAAAUUCUGCUAGCUAAGGAGAGCAGCCUGUUUGAAUUUCGGGCAGUUGGUGGCCAGGUUGAACUCUCUAUGAAAGGUGGCAAUUUACUGAUAGGAACUAUUUUGGGGUCACUAGAAAUUGAAGACCAGUUUUACUACCCAGGGAGUCCUGUGCCAAGGUUCUUGGCAAGGUCUUUUAUCAAUAGCAUGCAAACCCAAGAACUCCCGUCUCCUAGUCGAAAGAACAGUGCAGGACCUAAGAAAAAUGACAGUGAGGAAAACUUUUUUGAGGCAUCAGAUGAUUUUGAUGAAUUUGAAACACCUAUGCAUCAAGAGAGGACUAUAUCAGACUAUUUUAGCACCCAGAACUUUUUGCCUACUAGUGUUCCUUCCCUACGGCCGCCAACAUUUAAUCGAAUUCCUGAUUUGAUACCAGACACUGAACUUCAAACUGGAGGAUUCACAUUGGAUGAUAGUGGCACUUUCGAUAGUUUUGUGAAAGCUCAGAUAGUGAUUUAUGAUCAACAUUCCCCCCAGUACAACAGCUUGGACAACAGGGUUGUUGUAACUGUUGCCACUUUAUCGUUCUUUUGCCAUCGGCCAACUGUUAUUGCAAUCAUGGAAUUUAUGAAUGCCAUCAACCUUUCAAACGGGUCUGAUACUGAUAAAGAUAAAAAUACAUAUCCUGCUACUGUAGAAGAUGGUACAAUUGAGGAAUCUAAGUCUGAUCUGGAACCAGAGCCAACCAUAAAACGCAUGGCAGAGGCACAGAUAUUACUGAUGAAUGAGAAUGGAGAUCGGCUUGCUACUUUAUCACAAAAUAACCUCUCCACUGAUAUAAAGGUGUUCACAUCGUCAUUCAGCAUAAAGGCAGCACUCGGAAAUCUUAAAAUAAGUGAUGAUAGCCUUCUUAGCAGCCACCCUUACUUUUGGGUUUGUGAUAUGCGAAAUCCUGGAGGUCGUUCGUUUGUGGAGAUUGACUUUAGUUCAUACAAUGUUGGUGAUGAAGACUAUUGUGGUUAUGACUAUAGCCUUGUAGGGCAGCUUUCAGAAGUUAGAAUUGUUUACCUGAACCGUUUUGUUCAAGAGAUUAUCAGUUAUUUUAUGGGACUUGUCCCAAAAAGUUCUGACGCCGUUGUAAAGCUGAAAGAUGAUGAGACUAACUCAGAGAAGUGGGUUAGCAAAACCGAUAUGGAAGGAUCACCUGCUCUCAAAUUGGAUGUUUCAUUCAGCAGGCCUAUAAUUGUUAUGCCCCGUGAAACUGAUAGUAAUGACUUUUUGGAGCUUGAUGUUCUAUACAUUACAGUCCAAAAUGAAUUCCAGUGGAUAGGUGGUGAUAAGAAUGAGAUGAGCGCUGUUCACUUAGACAUUUUAACAGUUACAGUACGGGACAUAAAUUUAGUUAUUGGUAUGAAUAUGGUACGUGGUGAAACCAUAAUUCAAGAUGUGGAAGGUCUCUCCUUUGAACUUCGUAGAUCAUUGCGUGAUCUGAGGCAUCAGUUGCCAGCAGUGGAGGCAGCAAUUAAGGUGGAUGUUUUGAAAGCAGCACUAUCCAAUCGAGAAUAUGAAAUUAUAUCUGAGUGUGCGCUGUCUAACUUCUCUGAGACACCGCAUCCCGUGCCUACUCUGGAUGAUCCUCGAUAUGGCACUUCCACUACUCCAUCCCAUGUAUCAGCAUCUUCUUCAGAAAGUAUUCAUGACUUGUCCAAAGAUGCAGAAACAUGGAUAACUAAUAAAUUUUCUGUCUCAAUAAAUCUGGUCGAGCUUUCUCUGCAUUCAGGAUCGACAAGAGAUUCUCCUCUGGCGAGCGUUCAGGCGAGUAGUGCAUGGCUUCUUUAUAAAUCAAACACACGGGAAGAUAAUUUUUUGUAUGCUACUCUCAAAGGAUUUUCUGUUUUUGAUGAUCGUGAAGGAACAAAAGAUGAGUUAAGGCUUGCCAUUGGGAAAUCAGCAUCUGUUCAGGACACAUCAUCUGUUGAUGGCUAUGAUAAUCCUAACGAACUUGAUUUAGGUGAACGGAGAAUACAAAAAGAUCUAGGCCUUGAGCCAAUCCCCUCGAUGCUUAUUCUUGAUGCCAUCAUCCGAAAAUCUUCGUCGUCUGUCUCUGUAUGUGUUCAGCGGCCCAAGUUUCUUGUGGCACUUGACUUCUUACUAGCAGUAAUCGAAUUCUUUGUGCCAUCUGCUCGGAGUCUUUUAUCCAAUGAUGAAGACAAGGACCUUCUACAUAUGAUCACUCCAGUAGUAUUGAAUGAUCAGAUUUAUUAUCAGGAGCAUUCAACAUCUAGUCUUUCACCUCAGAAGCCCUUGAUUGUUGAUAAUGAAAGAUUUGAUCACUUCAUAUAUGAUGGGAAGGGUGGAAAGUUAUAUUUGCUGGAUAGAGAGGGGAAAAUUAUCUCAAGCCCUUGUACUGAGAGUUUCAUUCAUGUGCUGGGGUGUAAGAGGUUGCAAUUCCGGAAUGUCACUAUAGUGAAUGGUGAAUAUUUGGACUCUUGUAUCUCUCUUGGUGAUGAUAGCUGUUAUUCAGCAUCAGAGAAUGACCAUGUCUACUUAGCAAGAGAAGAUGAUGGGCCCUUGUCGACUCCCAGCAAGGAAAUUGCAGGAGACACUGUUAAAAAUGGAAGUGCUGAUAUAUCGACCGAAUUCAUUAUGGAACUACAGGCUAUUGGACCAGAGCUUACUUUCUAUAGUACAUCAAGGAAUGCUGGUGAAAACUUAGCACUAUCAACUAAGGUUAUUCAUGCCCGCACUGAUGCAUUUUGCAGGCUUAUAAUGAAAGGUGACAGUAUGGAGAUGAAUGGAAACAUACUUGAUUUAAAGAUGGAGAGUAAUGGCAUCAGAGUUAUAGAACCAUUUGACAUGGCCGUGAAAUAUUCAAAUGCGUCUGGAAAGACAAAUUUGCAUCUGCUGGUUUCUGAAAUAUAUAUGAAUUUUUCCUUUAGUAUUCUCAGACUGUUUUUAGCAGUUGAGGAAGAAAUUUCAGCAUUUCUCAGGAUGUCGUCAAAGAAAAUUUCACUGUUGUGCUACCAGUUUGACAAAGUUGCAACUAUGCAAGGUAAUGUGAAUGAUCAAGUGUUAUCUUUCUGGCGACCACGUGCCCCAUCUGGAUAUGCCAUUUUUGGCGAUUAUCUCACACCAAUGAAUGACCCUCCUACUAAAGGAGUCCUUGCUCUGAACACAAACAUUGUUAGGGUCAAAAGGCCUUUAUCAUACAAGCUAGUGUGGCAAUCUGGUUCUCCAAGAACAAAAGUUUUUCAUCAGAAUGAGGACUCGGAGAAUAAGAUCUCUAAUGUUGACCAGCUCUGCUCUGUUUGGUUACCUGUGGCACCUGUGGGUUACGUUGCAAUGGGUUGUGUUGUUUCAUCUGGGACUGCUGAACCACCUUUGUCUUCAGUUUUCUGUUUAACUGCUUCCUUGGUUUCAUCAUGUAAUCUAAGGGAUUGCAUUGCACUAAGGGAUAAUGGUAACAUGAUAUUCUGGCGAAUUGAUAAUGCUUUUGGUUCCUUUUUACCUGGAGAUCCUGCAAGCAUGAUUGUGCAUGGCAAUGCUUAUGAUCUUCGACAUAUGCUGCUUGACAGUGCAGACUCAUCUUCUAAGACUGUCUCUAGAAGGCAACGUAGUAGAAAUGAUUCCUCUCAACUAGAGAGAUCAGAAUUGACGUCAGGUCGGCUAUUUGACGCGGUGGCAAGCUUUAAACUAAUUUGGUCAAAUAGUGCGACCUCUUCAACAAAAAAGCUCUCAAUAUGGCGUCCAAUGUUGUCUGAAGGAAUGUUUUACGGUGGCGACAUAGCUGUUAACGGGUAUGAACCACCAAAUUCAACUGUUGUCCUUCGUGAUACUGGUGAAGACACUUUUCUCAGAGCUCCUGAAGGUUUUGACCUUGUUGGUCAAAUUAAGAAGCACCGAGGCACUGAGGGUGUAUCAUUUUGGUUUCCUAAAGCUCCUUCAGGUUUUGUGGCAUUAGGAUGUGUUGCAUCUAAAAGUUCUCCAACGAAAGAGGACUUCAGUUUGUUAAGAUGUAUUAGAAGUGACAUGGUGGCUGGAGGUCAAUUUUCUGAGGAAAGUGUAUGGGAUUCAUUUAAUGCUAGAACAUCUGAACCUUUUAGCUUGUGGACUGUUGAUAAUGAUGCUGGUACGUUUCUUGUGAGAAGUGGAUAUAGAAAACCUCCAAAGAGGCUUGCACUGAAGCUUGCUGGUCCACCUACAUCAAGCAGUUCAGAUAGCAUCAUUGUUGAUGCCGAAAUUAAAACAUUUUCUGCUGUUUCCUUUGAUGAUUAUGGUGGAAUGAUGGUGCCAUUAUUUGGGAUGUCCUUUGACAGUGUUGGACUAAGUUAUCAUGGUGGUCCUCAUCAUCUUAAUGCAACUGUGAGCUUGUCAUUUGUGGCCAGAUCCUAUAAUGACAAGUAUAGCUCGUGGGAGCCCUUCAUCGAACCAACGGAUGCAUUUCUUAGGUACCAAUAUGACAUGAGUACACCAGGUUCUCCUGGACAACUCCGUAUUACCUCAACUCGAGAUCUGAAUUUGAACAUAUCUGUUUCCAAUACAAACAUGUUAUCACAAGCUUAUGCUAGCUGGAACAAUAUUAGCUGUGGUGAUGAAUUGUACAGGAAGGACACCUUUUGUUCUACUGAGCGACCAGUUCUUGAUGUUCAUCAAAGAAGAAGUUAUUAUGUGGUCCCACAAAAUAAACUUGGACAAGAUAUUUACAUAAGAACUACUGAAAAUAGAAGUUCACUUGUUACUCUGUUGCCCUCUGGGGAUGAUAGGUCCAUAAAAGUUCCGGCUUUAAGGGAUCUAUUGGAUUCUCAUUUAAAUGGAAGAUCUGUUAAAUCAUAUCGGUUGAUGAUAACCGCCAUUCUUGCGGAUGCAGAGGUCAAGGAUGAUGAAGGAUUAGAUACUGGUGAAUAUAUGACUGCUGUGCGGCUCUUUUCAGAAAACCAUUCCAUAUCUGUUGUUCAGCAACAGAGUGCCCGUACUUGUGCUGCUACUGGAGAACACUCGUCACAGAACACCAGAAAGGUGAACUGGAAUGAAAUGUUCUUUUUCAAAGUCGAAUGCGUGGACAGUUAUACUCUGGAGCUUCUUGUGCUUGAUGCUGGUAAAGGUCAACCAGUUGGUAUAUACUCUGCUCCAUUGGAGCAAGUUGUGCAAAAGCUCCCUCCUACCUCUAAUUCGGACUGUGUCAAAUUUGAUUUGACUUUAGGAGACCUUAUGUCAACUAAGACAGUGGAACACGAAACUGUUAAACCUAGUGGAAAAAUAAGAUUUGCAGUACUUGUUUCUGGUAGAGCUAGUGUACAACAAGGGAACAGAGCCAGUCCUGAAAGAAGCAAGAUUGGAUAUAUUCAAAUUAGUCCUUCAAAAGAAGGGCCUUGGACAAGCAUGAAGUUAAACUAUGCUGUACCUGCAGCAUGUUGGAGGUUUGGCAAUUGUGUGAUUGCUAGUGAAGCAACAGUCAAGGAAGGCAACAGAUAUGUUAGCAUACGUUCCCUUGUGUCAGUUACCAAUACAACCAAUUUCAUUGUUGAUUUGCGUCUAAAAGGAAGAAUUUCUCAAAAUGCACGAUCAGAUGAACAGGGAGACGGUUUUGAUAAAGAGGAUCAAAUCCUGAUUGGAAUGCUGGAGCCCAAUUCUACUGUUCCCGUUCCACUAUCAGGCCUCUCACAUCCUCUUGUGUCCUAUAUGUUGCAGCUAAGGCCAGCAAAUCAUCAUGAUCAUGAAAAUUACUCUUGGAGUGAUGUCCAGGAGAGGCGCAGUCAAACUGAGUUUAGAAAGGAGGAGAUCCUAGAUAUAUGUGUAUCAGAUCUGUAUGAAUCUGAAAACUUGCUAUUCUGCUCACAGGUAGAUGGCACCUCCAAUUCUUGUCAUGGACUAUGGUUUUGCUUGAGUAUUGAAGCCAAGGAAAUAGGCAAAGAUGUUCAGAUGGAUCCAAUAUAUGAUUGGUGCAUCAUUAUCAAGUCCCCGUUGUGUUUGACAUACUAUCUUCCCAUUUCUGCACAUUAUACUGUCAGUUCUAGCCACCUCGACGAUGAAGAUUCAAGUUGCUCCCUUGGUACCUUAAGUCCUGGUGAGGCUGUAAAGGUCCACAAUGUUGAUCCAAGAAACCCAUUGUACUUAUCCCUUGUUCCACAUGGCGGAUGGGAACUAAUGCAUGAGCCUGUUCUUAUAUCACAUCCAACCCAAGCACCUUCCAAAUUUAUCAAUCUAAGAAGCUCUUUAUCCGGAAGGGUUGUACAGAUUCUGCUUGAACAAAGCAGUGAUAAUGACUAUUUGAUGGCAAGGCUUAUCAGAAUAUAUGUUCCCUAUUGGAUAUCUUUUGCUAGAUUGCCUCCACUUACUCUGCGUCUCAUUGAUAUUUCUGGAAGGAAAGAGAAGAGGCGGCUUCUUGCACGUUCACAUUUGGAAAGGGGUGAGAAGCACCUCUAUGAUAUAAAACAUGAUGAAUUGGUUGAGGGAUACACUAUAGCGUCUGGAUUAAAUUUUAAGGGAUUAGGACUUCUAUCGUCUGUCAGUGGACAUGGAGGACGGUUUGGAUCUGUGAAAGAAUUGUCGCCUCUUGGUGAUAUGGAUGGAGCAGUUGAUCUUUCUGCCUAUGAUGAUGAUGGAAAAUGCAUGCGUAUUCUUCUUUGUUCAAAGCCAUCCUCGUAUCAAGCUGUUCCAACAAAGGUUAUCCAUGUACGCCCGUAUAUAACAUUCACAAACAGGAUCGGACAAGAUUUGUACUUAAAACUUAGUGUUGAAGAUGAGCCAAAGGUCCUACAUGCAUAUGACUGGAGGGUUUCCUUUAUGUACUCCGAGGGGACUACUGACAAACUGCAGGUCCGACUGGUGGAUACAGAAUGGUGUCAACCUCUGGAGAUAGUAAAAGAAGACACUAUUGUUAUAGCGAUGAGAAAGCAGGGUGAUACUCAGAAAUUUGUAAAAACUGAGAUACGUGGCUAUGAAGAAGGUUCAAGGUUCUUGAUUGUAUUCCGUCUGGGGCCACCCUAUGGACCAAUCAGGAUCGAGAACCGGACGAGUAGUACCACAAUCAGUACUCGCCAGUCUGGUUUAGGGGAAGAUAGUUGGAUCCAAGUGAAGCCACUUGCAACCAGAAAAUAUUCUUGGGAUGACCCAUAUGGACAGAAAGUUAUUGAUGUUAGCGUUGAUAAAGGCGAUGAUACUUGUGUUCUAAGUGUUGACCUGGAAAACCCUAUUGGAAGUUUCACCAGUUUUAGGGAACAUGGCCUCAUGUUUAGUAUUGAGACCAGUGAUAUUAAGAUAUUGAAGUUUGCAGAUUACCUAAGGAAAGAGGAAGUAUAUGGAUUGCCUGGAUCUGAACUGACUGAUCACCAAGGACCGACAUUGAAGGCAAAUGAGACAGAGCCAGGUGCUGGACCCUUGGAGCUUAUUGUUGAACUUGGAGUUGUUGGAAUAUCUUUGAUUGAUCAUAAGCUGAGAGAGCUUUUAUACUUGAAUCUGCAGAAGGUUUUUGUUUCAUACAUGACUGGUUAUGAUUCUGGGACCACUAGCAGGUUUAAGUUAAUUCUUGGCCAGUUGCAACUAGAUAAUCAGUUGCCACUGUCUACAAUGCCUGUUGUUUUGGCUACCGAGAGCAGGCCUGAUUCAAAUCGUCCUGUUUUCAAAGCAAAUGUUGCUGUUAGCAAUGUAACUUCUAAUGGCAUUCAAGUUUACCCACAUGUCUAUAUUUGGGUAACUGAUCAAACAUGGAGACUGAACAUUCAUGAACCUAUUAUUUGGGCACUGGUUGAUUUCUACAACAAUCUUCGUUUUGUCACCACCAGCAACAGCACAACUGUAACGGAAGUGGAUCCUGAGAUACGAAUAGAGCUCAUUGAUAUUUCAGAGAUAAGGCUGAAAAUAUCCCUGGAAACUGCGCCUAAUCAAAGACCUCGCGGUGUCCUAGGCAUAUGGAGCCCUGUCCUGUCUGCUGUGGGUAAUGCAUUCAAGAUUCAGGUGCAUCUGCGGAAGGUCAUGCACAGAAGCCGGUUUAUGCGGAAGAGCUCCAUCAUCCCUGCUAUCAUGAACCGAAUCAAGAGAGAUCUGAUUCACAAUCCACUGCAUCUAAUCUUCUCUGUAGAUUUUCUUGGAGUGACAAAAUCAACUUUAUCAUCACUUAGUAAAGGAUUUGCAGAGCUGUCUACUGAUGGCCAAUUUCUUCAGCUGAGAUCAAAGCAGGUUUGGUCAAGGAGAAUCACUGGUGUUGGUGAUGGGCUAGUUCAAGGGACUGAAGCCUUUGCUCAGGGUUUGGCUUUUGGGGUUUCUGGUGUUUUAAGAAAGCCAGUUGAGAGUGCCAGACAGUAUGGUGUUAUAGGCAUUGCACCUGGUAUUGGCCGUGCUUUUGUGGGUUUCAUUGUACAACCUUUAAGUGGGGCUCUGGAUUUUUUUUCACUGACGGUUGAUGGAAUUAGUGCGAGUUUUAUGAGAUGUGUCAACAUUUUAAGUAACAAAUCUGUUCCGCAGAGGAUAAGAGAUCCUCGUGCUAUCCAUCGAGAUGGUAUACUAAGAGACUAUGACAAAGUUGAAGCUGCUGGACAGAUGGCCCUUUACCUGGCAGAAGCAAGCAGAUAUUUUGCAUGCACAGAUUUAUUUCAGGAACCUUCUAAGUACGCAUGGUCUGAUUACUAUGAAGACCAUUUUAUUUUACGAAACCAGAGGAUUGCUUUAGUAACUAAUAAGCGGGUGAUGCUGCUUCAGUGCCCGGAUCUAGAUAAAAUGGACAAGAAACCUUCCAAAAUACUUUGGGAUGUUCCUUGGGAAGAAGUACUUGCAUUGGAGCUAGCAAAAGCUGGGUAUCAGAGGCCUUCACAUGUAAUCAUACAUCUGAAGAAUUUUAGGAGGUCAGAGAACUUUGUAAGGCUUAUUAAGUGCAACAUUGACGACGAACGACAACCACAGGCUCUUUCACUUUGCUCUUCAAUUCGGAAAAUGUGGAGAUCUCACCAGGCAGCAAUGAAAGUUAUACCGUUGAAGGUUCCAUCAGGCCAGCACCAUGUGUAUUUUGCGUCAGAUGAUGAUAAUAGGGAAUCCCACAGUCUAUCUAGGCCUUUGCUAAGCUCGAGAGGAACUUCUACUGAUGUUGAGCAACAACUCAUAAACAAUACAGUUAACUUCCAGAAAAUGUGGAGCAGUGAACCAGAAAUUCGGAGCCGAUGUAAACUAGUUGCCAAGCAGAUUGCGGAUGACGGAAGGGUGUUUAGCAUAUGGAGGCCUCUGUGCCCUAAUGGGUAUGUCUCAAUUGGUGAUGUUGCUCAUGUUGGCACCCAUCCACCACAUUUUGCUGCUGUAUACAAGAACAUCAAUUGGAACUUUGCACUGCCCCUUGGCUAUGACCUGGUUUGGAGAAACUGUGCUGAGGAUUACAGGAACCCUGUAUCAAUAUGGCUUCCAAGGCCACCGGGGGGAUACGUAGCUCUUGGGUGUGUUGCUGUCCCUUCAUUCGAGGAGCCCCCUCUUGACUGUGCUUUCUGUGUGGAUGAGAGACUCACGGAGGAUGCCGAGUAUGAGGAGCAAAUCAUAUGGGCGUCAUCUGAUGCUUACCCUUGGGGAUGCUAUAUCUACCAAAUUCAGAGCGCCUCACUGCAGUUCAUGGCACUUCGUGUCCCAAAAGAAAAAUCUGAGCUAAGGCCCAAGAAGAUAUUGGAGUCAUCAUUUGUGCAGCGAGCAUCAGAGACUCCAUGUCAAGACAAGCAAACGUGCCGUGCAUGA